AUGGGCCCCUUGGACGAUCAAACUUUGAGUCACUAUGACAUUGAUUUCCAUCAUCCUUUCUCUCCCUACGACGUCCAGCUCGAGUUCAUGAAAGCAGCAUAUGAAACUCUUGAACGAGGUUCUGGCCAAGUAGGCAUCCUCGAAAGCCCAACAGGCACAGGCAAAUCGCUGUCCCUCAUCUGUGCAUCAAUGACGUGGCUACGGAAUUUCAAGCAAAGACAAUUUGCUGCGUCGUUGCAGAUCGACGCUAAAGAGGCAGAAGGCGAGCCUGAUUGGAUCAUUGAACAAAUGCUGAAGCGGAAGAAGGACGAGCUAAUGAGAAAAUGGGAGGAGCGCGAGGAACGACUUGAAAUGAUACGUCAGAGGGAGAAGCAAAUGGAAGAGAGGAGUAGCAAGAGACGCCGCCUUCAAGGCUCCAGUUCAAAGGCAAGACCAGCAGAGGAAGAGGAGGAGGCUGAAUUUCUCCUUGACGACUGGGAAGCGAACGCGCAGGAUGGUGGCCUGGAUGACCAAGAUCCACUCUCGAGCCUUAGCAAAGAGACGAGGGCUAUACUCCAGAAGGUGGGAGUGGACAAGAUCUACUACGCCUCAAGAACGCAUUCACAACUGACCCAGUUCAUUGCGGAGCUGCGACGUCCACAUUUCCAGCCUUCUAUAAGUGAGGAACUCGGCGACAAGAAUUCUAACAGUGGCCCGGCCGGCCAGGAGCCCGUCAAGCAGAUUCCAUUAUCAUCGCGUCAGAAGCUUUGUAUCAACCCAGCUGUGUCCAAGCUGGCCUCACUCUCAGCCAUCAACGACAGAUGCAGUGAGCUCCAAAAACCCAAAUCCGAGACCAGAUGUCCGUUUGGCCCAAGUGCAGACAACCUUGCCGAGUUUCACCAAUUUCGUGACGAAGCAUUAGCAACCCUUCCUGACAUCGAGGACCUGUGCCAGCUGGGCAAGAAACACCAGGUCUGCCCAUACUAUGCAUCACGCACGGCAAUUCCCGCAGCCGAAAUAGUCACUCUUCCGUACCCUUUACUCUUGCAGGAUAGCGCACGCGAAGCAUUGGGAAUCAAGCUGGAGGGCAAUAUUGUGAUUGUGGACGAGGCUCAUAAUAUCAUGGAUGCGGUGGCCAGCGUGCAUGCUGCUGAAAUACGGCUGAACGAUCUGAAGAGGGCCAGACAGAUGCUGGGUGUCUACUACAAGAGAUUCGGCAAGAAAUUGAAGGGAGAAAAUAGAAUCAUGGUGGCACAGGUCGUGAAGGUCAUCGAUGGUCUGGCCGAGUGGUUGACGGCAUGUCUGAGCGCAAGCACUGAGCACGGAAUUGUUGAAUCCAACGCGCUGAUGAAGGGCAAAGGUGUCGAUCAAAUUAACAUGUAUAAGUUGAUCAAAUACAUCCAGGAAUCGAAACUUGCAUUCAAGGUCGAGAGCUAUGCGAGCCACGUGGAAGAAUCGAAUACCGAUACUGGAGAAGGGAAGGCGUCGCCAUCAAGCCCUGUACUACACAGUCUGGUCGCCUUCAUUAUCGCCCUUACAAACCCUUCAGACGAGGGCAGAAUAUUCUUUGAGAAAGUCGCGGCCACCGCAUCAAUCUCAAACGAUGUCAAGCUCUCUUACCUUCUACUCUCGCCCGUCCACGCCUUCUCUUCCAUUGCGAAGUCCGCACGGGCCGUCAUCUUGGCGGGUGGAACUAUGUCGCCUUUCGAGGACUACAAGACCCAUCUCUUCCCAUACCUAUCACCAGAAUCAAUCACAACUCUCAGCUGUGGUCACGUCAUUCCGCCUUCGAACCUGUGCGUCUGGACGCUUGCCUCCAUGAAACCAAACACAACCGACGCGAGUGAUCUAUUCGAGUUCAGCUUCCAGAAAAGAAGCGAUAAGGCCAUGAUCGCGAAACUAGGCCAGGCCUUGUUGAACAUGUGCUCCAUCGUGCCGGACGGCGUUGUGGUCUUCUUCCCCAGCUAUGGCUAUCUCGAUGAAGUCAUUGCGACCUGGCAGGUUGCCGAUUCUGCCAGGAGUGGGAACAGUAUCUGGGAUCGCCUUCAGACUCGAAAAGCCGUCUUUCGGGACAGCAAGGGUGCUUCAAGCAAUGAGGUCCUCGAGGCCUACAGCCGCGCCAUCCUCGGCAGCGGCGAUGACCGGACAGACACGAAGUCCACCACGCGCGGGGCUCUCCUUCUGAGUGUUGUGGGGGGUAAGAUGAGUGAAGGCAUCAACUUCUCCGAUCGACUCGGCCGUUGCGUGGUGAUCGUUGGCCUCCCGUACCCGAACAUCAACUCGCCAGAAUGGAAGGCACGCAUUGAGUACCUGGAGUCCGAUACCGUCAGACGACUUACAAGCCAGAACCCAGACAUCAAAAAGCAGCAGGCCAUGGCGCAGGCGAAGCAGGUCUCGAGAGACUUUUAUGAGAAUUCCUGCAUGCGUGCUGUGAACCAGAGUAUCGGUCGGGCAAUUCGGCACAAGGGGGACUACGCAGCUAUUGUGUUGGUGGACCGGCGUUUCAGUACAGAGAGGAUUCGUGGCAAGUUGCCUGGUUGGAUCCGAGGCGGCAUGGCACAGGGAAGUGAAGGAAAAGGGAUGCAAGGGCUGAUGGGGGCGCUGAACGUGUUCUUCAAAGGGAAGAAGACCACAUCUUAG